AUGCAGCUUGGGUACGGAGUACGUGGUGGGCGCGGUGGUGGGCGCGGUCGCGGCGGCAACUUUGACUACAGGGGCCGGGCGCAGCAGCAAUUCAUGGGAAGCAACGCGGCCACUGAUACUCUCUGUGUCCGCAUAAGCGAUAUACGCCAGCCUGUCACGGAGGACAUGAUGUAUCGUGUGUUUGGCAGCAUCUCAACCAAUCCUCAACGCCUACAGAUUGCUCCCUCGUCUAACCCCAACGAAACUGUCGUCAUGGCCCAAUUUUCCGACAUGUACGCAACGCAGCGAGUGAUGGAGAACCUAAAUAAUCGCAACAUAUUUAAUGAUGGUAACAAAAUGGUGAUGAAUUACGCCAAUUGGGAGCCCGCACCUGUAUUACCGGCGCCCCAGAGCGCAGUUUACGGCGCCCCUGCGGCGGCGUACGGUGGUGUUCCGCAGCAGCCCAAUAUGAUGUACCCACAGGUUCAGCCGCAGCCAAGCGUUUAUGUUCAGCCACGUCCACAGCCGGCACAACAGGUGCCCCACGUUCCACAGCCGCAGCUGCCGCAGCCAAGGGCAUCCUUUGAGGUGCCACGUGGAGGGCGUGGACGCGGGCGUGGGGGGCCUGGAGUUCCGAGGGGCGGUGGAGCGGCCAUGGGCUUCGACCCGAUGAUGAUGGGAUACCCACCCAUGGCCUACCAAAUGAUGCCUCCUAUGAUGCCUAUGGCGGGAGGUAUGAUGGCGAACUACAUGAAUCCCAAGUCCGUGCAAAACACCCCCACCGUCUUCCUCAGCGUGACGGUGGUGCCAGAGACGGAGCCAUUACAGAACAUUUUUACGUUUCUUGAGACCUUUGGUGGCGUGGUGACUGUGCGCCGCAACCACAACAAGAAGGAGAUUCUGACGGUGAAGAUGGCCUCGAUACCGGAGGCCGAUAAUGUUGUUCAGCACGUGCGAAAGGUGCCGUUUGCCGGGGGCACGGUGAGUGCAAAGCGUUUUCCCACCUACAAUGAGCGGACACCAUGCACCGACGACGGAGAUCCGUUGGACGCCGCGACCCUGCAGUAUGACUUCACAACCGCACGCCACCGUAGCCCUGGGCAGCGUAGUAAGUGUAACCCCUCGAAUGUGCUGAAGGUCACCGGAUGCGCGGGGUACUCGGAGGCGGAUGUAAUGACGUACUUUACCAGCGAGAAUUUCUUCCCUGACCGCAUCAUCAAGGAUGACGAAGGGGCGUUUACUGUUUACAUGGCGGACACAGCCACGGCUGUGGCACUACUCGUGAAGUGUCACAACAGCGUCUGUGGAGAGGAGCGCUCCAACGUUCUCUUUAUUGAGGGACCCAAAGACAAUAACAGCAACCACAUUGAGCAGAGCGUAGAGGACAACGCCGAAAAGAGUUAA